AUGGCACAACCAGACCCGAACACCACCAGUCCACAAAAAAUAGAUUAUAAAAAAAAUAAUUAUAAUAGUUAUUUCUUUCAAAAACUUAAAGAUGAACCCUUGAUACCUUUCGGCUUGACUUUGACAGUUUUAGCUCUAGCCGGAGCAACAUUAGGAUAUCAAAAAGGUGACUCAAAAACUAUGCAGAGAUUUUUAAGAUUUCGCGUACUAGCUCAAGGCUUUACUGUAGUAGCGGCUGUUGGUGUACCAGUUUAUUAUCAAUUGACUCAUAAAAGGAUUUAA